AUGUUUUUUUCUGUUUCAAAAAGAAUUAAGUUUAUGUCAGCCUGUUUUGGUAUUUUUAGUGUUGGUGUGCUUUAUUCCUACGUAAAUAGUGAAAAAAGAGAUUAUUUGAAUGGGGAUUUUUAUUCUUUUUGCACAAUUAGAGAUAUUCGUCAAAUAUCUCCUUCUACAAACAUAUAUGAGCUUGAAUUUGAUCGGCCGUCUAAGCAAUAUCAGAAUCGUCCAAUACAAAAUGUUUUGCUUAAGAAUUCUGAUAUUCAAAUACAACGAUAUUAUACACCUAUUUAUAUUAGUUCUAGAAAGGUUGUUCUACUUGUUAAAUUUUAUGAAGAUGGUGAAGUAAGUCGAUGGAUUCAUAGAAAACGUGUGGGUGAUCGAAUAGAACUUCGUGGUCCAUUUCUAGAGUGGAAAUGGAAUGAUAAUCAGUGGAAAAAUGUUUUGUUUAUUGCAGGUGGUACUGGAAUUACGCCAGCAUAUCAGCUUUUAUCUUAUAUUUUUCAAGAUGGUGUUCAGUAUAUGCCUAAAUUCCAUUUGAUGUAUGCGAAUAGAAAUCCAGAUGAGAUAUUGUUAAGGAAAGAAUUGGACAAUUUACAAGAAAAAUAUUCGGAAAAUCUUAAAAUUACCUAUUUUGUAGAUUCUUCUCCAGAUAGCAAAGUUUUGGAUAAAUAUUUAAUCAGGUCAAUAAACCUAUAUGAUAUAAUUCAAGCAUUUCCUUCUUCAGGUUGUACUGAUUCGGAUACAAUUGUCUUGGUAUGUGGAACUGAUGGAUUUGUAAGUUAUAUUGCUGGUCCUAAAGACACGUUGUAUGGUGAACAAGGGAAUCUUGGAGGACUAUUAAAAAAGGCAAAAUGUCUUAAUGUUUGGAAAUUAUGA